AUGGCUUCGCAGGCGAUGCUGCAGGUGUUCGGCCAGCCGGCGUCGACGGACGUGGCGAGGGUCAUGGUGUGCCUCCUGGAGCGGCAGCUCGAUUUCGAGCUGGAUCCCAGCGGCCAUCAGGUGACGCUCACGCACGGCAACGUCACCCUCGGCGAUUCCAGGGACAUAUGCCGGUACGUGUGCACCGAGUUCCCGCGGUGGUGCACCAGGGACCUGUACGGCGCGGGCGCGCUGGAGCGCGCGUCCAUCGAGCAGUGGCUGCAGGCCGAGGCGCAGAGCUUCGACGCGCCGAGCUCGGCGCUGGCGUUAUUCCACCUCGCCGUGGGCGGCGCGCCCGCGCCUGCGCCCUACGUCAGCGGCGACGAGGCCGCGGCGGUGGAGAGCGAGCGGCAGCUGGUGCGCGUGCUGGACGUGUACGACGGCGCGCUCGGCCGGAGCGCGUACCUCGCGGGCGACGACUUCACGCUGGCGGACCUGUCCCACCUCCCGAACGCGCACUACCUCGCGUGCUCCGCGAGGGGCCGGGCGCUGCUGGCGUCCAGGGCGAACGUGGCGCGCUGGUACGCGGCCAUCUCGUCGCGCCCGGCGUGGAGGCAGGUGGUCGCGGUGCAGGCCCGGACCGCGCACUACCCUGUCGCGUUCCACCCGUCAGCGUCAGGCCACGGCGCCGUUUGA